AUGGGCGCUUUGGAGUGAAGUUUCGCUCGGACACAGCAGCCUGGACACUUCUCCUGUUUUUGCUCUGUUUUUUCUGUUGGGCACUCCUUUUUGUGUGCGCUGGAUGUGGCGGACCGAGUUCAGGAGAGAUCCCAGCGAACAUUCCCCAUAGUUUUCAGGAAAUGGCAACUGCUCUCAGUGGCCGAGCUCCAGGAGGACGAGGACCUAACCGGAGUAAGGGUCGCAUUCUGGGGAUCAUAGACGCCAUUCACGAUGCUGUGGGUCCCCCCAAACAAGCCGCUGCUGACCGACGCACCGUGGAGAAAACAUGGAAGUUUAUGGACAAAGUUGUUCGCCUCUGUCAGAACCCCAGACUGCAGCUGAAGAACAGCCCCCCAUAUAUACUGGAUAUAUUACCUGAUGCCUACCAGCACCUCAGGCUAAUACUGGGGAAAUAUGAGGAGAACCAGAAACUCACACAGCUUAGUGAAAACGAGUACUUUAAAAUCUACAUCGACAGCCUCAUGAAGAAGUCCAAGAGGGCUAUUCGGCUUUUCAAAGAGGGAAAGGAGAGGAUGUACGAGGAGCAGUCUCAGGAUAGGAGGAACCUGACCAAGCUGUCCCUGAUCUUCAGCCACAUGCUGGCCGAAAUCAAAGCCCUGUUCCCUUUAGGACAGUUCCAGGGCGACACGUUCAGGAUCACCAAGGCCGACGCCGCAGACUUCUGGAGGAGAUUCUUUGGAGACAAGACCAUCGUGCCGUGGAAAGUGUUCCGACAGUGCCUUCAUGAGGUGCAUCCCAUCAGCUCCGGUCUGGAAGCCAUGGCCCUCAAGUCCACCAUCGACCUCACCUGCAACGACUACAUCUCUGUGUUUGAGUUCGACAUCUUCACACGCCUUUUUCAGCCGUGGGGAUCCAUUCUGAGGAACUGGAACUUCUUAGCCGUGACGCAUCCGGGCUACAUGGCGUUUCUGACCUAUGACGAAGUGAAAGCGAGACUGCACAAGUACAUCAACAAGCCGGGCAGUUACAUCUUCAGGCUGAGCUGCACGCGGUUGGGGCAGUGGGCCAUCGGCUAUGUGACCAACGACGGCAACAUCCUGCAGACCAUCCCCCACAACAAGCCUCUGUUCCAGGCUCUCAUCGACGGAUACAGGGAGGGCUUCUACUUGUUUCCUGACGGUCGCAGUUAUAACCCGGACCUGACCGGCCUGUGUGAGCCCACGCCUCACGACCACAUCAAAGUGACACAGGAGCAGUAUGAGCUGUACUGUGAAAUGGGCUCCACGUUCCAGUUGUGUAAGAUCUGUGCAGAGAACGACAAAGAUGUGAAGAUCGAGCCCUGUGGUCACCUCAUGUGCACGUCCUGUCUCACUGCCUGGCAGGAGUCGGAUGGCCAGGGCUGCCCGUUCUGCCGCUGUGAGAUCAAAGGCACAGAGCCCAUCAUCGUCGACCCCUUUGACCCCCGGAACGAGGGCAGUAAGUGCUUCUUCCUGGAACGCCACAGCUGCCCCCUGCUCGACCUAGACGAGGACGAGGACCGAGACGAGGGUCUGGUCAUAGGUAAUAUCCGGAAGCACUGUCCCGAGCGUCAGAAUUCCCCCAUGGUGUCUCCCAGCUCGUCUCCUGUGAGCCAGCACAGGAAAACCCACGUCCCAGACUCCGCCCACUGCAGCUCAGGCCCCGCCCACUGCAUUCAGCACCUUGGCCUGCCCCCCGUCCCCCCACGACUGGACCUGAUCCAGAAGGGCAUCCGCUCCCCGUCUGCCAGCCCCACCGCCUCCCCCAAGUCCUCCCCAGGUAUGUCUCGGAAGCAGGACAAACCUCUGCCGGCCCCCCCUCCCCCUCAGCGAGAGCCCCCUCCCCCUCCUCCACCCGAGCGACCCCCUCCCGUCCCCCCGGAGUCCCGCCUGUCAUGGCUCUCCACCCCUCUGUCCUCGUCCAUCUCCUCCUCCUCCACCAGUGCCCUGCCCGACUCGCACCUGUCCAAAGACCUGCACCUGUCGGACUGCUACCGCGCCCCUGCCACAGAACAUCCCGCCCAGCUGGGACUGAGCGGGUGCCCCCACCUCCACCGACGCCCGGAGAGCUGCCCCUCCAUCGGGUCCACACGGAACCACCACAGAGAGGGGAGUUCAGACAGCAGUAAGCCUUUUUCCAACGGCGUUCAAGUGAGUGAUGAGUAUGACAUCCUGCCGUCACACCUCUCCCCAACUCAGCCCUGCCUCGCCAACAACCACAAAUCAUCCAACCCUUUCAACAGCCCAGCAGUGGACAGAAAACGCGGAGCACCAGAUCGACCAGAGAGACCGGAGAGACCAGAAGACGAAUACCAGAUCCCCUCAUCCAACUUAUGUGUGAGCCAGGCUCCUAUCUGCAUCGCUGUGCCCACCAGGCACUUGGAGAACGGGUCCCCUGAGCCCCAUGUGGAGGAGAGGAAAACCAGACCAGACUCGGGUGUACUCUCUGAGUCGGGCAGCAGGGGGGCGCCAGUGUCCUUCAACGCCAACAAGACGCCCUGUGACUAUGACAUUCUACUGCCUCCUUCAGCUUUAGAAGACCCUUUCAACAGCCGGCCCCCCUCGCAGCCCCCUCCGCCCCCUCCUCCAGCCAGACACAGCUUUGUGGACCUCUCCUCAUCUUCAUCAUCAUCUUCAUCCUGUAACUCCUCUUCCUCAUCUAUCCCGAGCCGACCACACAGACCCUGCUCUGGGCAUGAGCACCUGCUGCUGACCCCAGACACGGUGUUUGACAUGCUGAGCAACGCCGCCCCUCUGCCUCCGGUCCGAAGACACGCAGAAAACAUGAAGGGCUUCCGAAGCUGCCUGGAUCCAGACCUGAUAGCGACUAGCCAAGUAUCCAUGGAGUGCUUGCAGGCCCCCGCUCGCCCGCCCAAGCCCCUGCCCCGCAACCUCCACUCAGGGAAACCCCACAGCCUGGAGUCAGAGAACGUGGACGCCAAGAUCGCCAAACUGAUGGGCGAAGGCUACUCGUUUGAGGACGUGAAGAGGGCGCUCAUGAUCGCACAGAAUAAAGUUGACGUGGCCCGGAACAUUCUGAGGGAGUUUGCUCUAGUGGCACCCAGACUGCACCUCUAGUUUAAGGGUCCCACUCUGAACUUUGGACGGCCCUAAACUGUACUGAACUAGACUGUGUUUUGUUUUGUGCUCAGCUGUGCCUAUGUGGAGCUACUCAAAGGGCUGUAUUAGUGAAAUAAGAGACACUGGGUACAUUUAUAUGGCCAGUAGAAAUCAGAUAACCAGAGUAAGACGAUAUCCCAAUAAUUCGAUCUGAUUAACGGUGUGUGUUUACAUCAUAGACUGUAUAUAUGAACAGGACGUGAGCAUGUGCGCCGAACGAUACGGGUGACGUCACAUUCACUUAGUCCACUUCUUUAUACAGUCUGUUAUUCAGUGGGUUCAAACUUUAACAGUGGUGGAACAUAAAGAAGUAAAAGUAGUAAAGUACUUAAAAAUAAAAUUUAGGUAUCUCUACUUUAGUGAUGUACAUUUUAAAUUGAGUACUUUUUACUUUUACUUCUCUACAUUUGAGAGCAGUAUCUGUACUUUCUACUUGCAUACUUACACUGCAUUUCUUAACUGGACCAAAAAGUAAAAGUAUUUUCAUUAUUGAGACCUGCUGAAAAGUCUGAGGGUUUAUUUUUAUCAUGUUCAUAAUUUCAACAAAUGAAAUUAUACAAAUAAAAACAGCUAGAAAAAAAAGAUUCAGUUGUUUCUGUUGUUUAAAAUUCAACUCAAAUCUUUAUCAAAAUCACCACAUUUGAAGCUUUAUUCGAUCUCAAAAUCUGUGUGAAAUACUUUUACUUUUUACUCUCUGACAAAAUUUUUAAAUGGGUAUUUUAAUACGUUUACUUAAGUCAUUUUAUCAUGUGAUACUUUUGCUUUUAUUUGAGUAUUUUAUUGCUCAUCUAUCUGUACUUUUACUUAAGUAACAAAAUCGGGAACAUCUUCUCAUCUUUGUUUUUGUCUUUGCCACAUUCAUUUGUUCUUUCUGGAUACGUUUCCUGGUUAAACCCUGCCCAGGUGUGGCUGCUUCUUCACAACGGGGCUUUGUUCCAACAACAUGGGGAGUUCUGAUUAAAAGGAGACACAUAUUAUAAUAAUAAUAAUGGCUUACACUUGUAAUGCGCUUUUCAAAGCCUCUCAAAGCGCUACACUAUAGUAUAGUUAUUCAUUCAUUUCCACACUUGGUAAUGGUAAGCUACCAUUGUAGCCCUGGGGCAGACUGACAGAAGCGAGGCUGCCAAUCUGCGCCAUCGGCCCCUCCGACCACCAACUAUCAUUCGCGCACACACCGCUUUCAUACUAGGCACUAGUCAGAGCCACUGUCGCCCCAAUUUUCACCUCAGAUCAUAUCAUUAGUUCGUCUCAGUACGAGUGUGUGACUUUAUGAUUACCAAUUUACACUUUAGGUUUUAAGGCAAUGAAACUGAUUGAUUUGCAAGGACUUUUUAGCUUCCUGCUCCCAUGUUCCAACUGUUCAUAGGUUUUCGGGGGGGGUCUUGUGCAGAAUUCCUAUAAGACAGAACAUGACAGUGGCUCAGUUGGUAGAGCGCUUAUCAACUGAUCCGAAGGUGUAAACGUCAUUGGUUGCGCAGGUUGGUUCCAGCUCUUACAGGUGAAUGUUGUUGUUGCAUGCUUGGGCAAGACACUUAAACCACUUUGCCAACAUCGGCUGCGUACACUUGUGUAAAUGUAAACAGCUUUGAGUGCCUUGAAGGUGGAAAAUAUAUAAAAGUGACGACUGAUCAUUUAAAUUGGCUCCACGAGAAGACGAGAUUUUGACAUAACUUGUAUUGCAGUUAACAAUUCUGGCCGCAUAAUUUUGGUAAUUUAAAAAAUAUAUAUUUUUAGUAUCAUUGUCGUACUGUUCUUUGAAACUACAGCUUCUCGAGAGGUGUAACUGUAAUCACCUAAGCCAAAUGUAAAUACAAGGAGAGGUGAGGCAUUGGCUAUGUUUAAGCUCAUUAUCAUCUGGUUUUUGACUUGGGAAAUGUGUGAAAACUAUUGUGGCAAAGACAAAAAAGAAAAACACAUCAGCUCAAAAUCAGAUCCAAUUAUUCUUCUUCUAGUUAUCUGAUUUUUCAUGACCAUGUAAUGUACCACUGACCAUUGCUGUCUGACAGAAGCAGUUAGUGUUGUUCUCCAGUAGGUGGCGGCAGACUCCAUCUCUUCCCGGUGCUGUCUGUGGCCCUGGUGACUGUGCCUUGAGAGAGCAGUGAGUUUGGCAGCGCUGUGGCUCAAUUGUAAGAUUAAACAAGGUCCGGUGAAGCCUACAGCCCGAGGAGGAAGCCUUAUUGAUCCAUUCAGUCCCCAACCUGAGCAGGAGCAGACGGGAGCAGACGGGAGCAGACGGGAGCAGACAGGAGCAGACAGGAGAGGGGACACGAGGAGGAACAGGAGGGGGGGAAAUUGGCUUUUUGUUUCUCCUCCUGGACCAUGGGAUUAACGGUCAACUGGGGCCUUUUUUAAUUCAGUACAGACGGGAGCAGCUAAAAUUAAAAUCAGAAUGCAAGCCAGUGUGAGUUCUUGGGGCUAGUCAAAAAUAUAAACGAUCAGGUUCAACAUUUUUGCAGAUAUUUUUGGAUAUUUCACGCCGAAUUACAACGUUAUCACUGGGGGGAAAUGGCUUUUGCCCCCAACUGGGAGUAUGACAUCAUCACAUUAUCGAAUCUGAAAACCGCCAACCCAUCGGUCUCAGAAUGAUUAAAAGCUUGGAUCGUAGCCAUAGCGAUUAGCAAUAGAAAAAGUAUAUUGCCGUCCUCAAAAUGGCGCUGUGUAACAGAAAUCUGAAACCCAUGAAUAGGUUGUUUGCAGGUGCCAGAGUGAUGAUGAUGUCAUACUCUCAGAUGGGGGCGAGAGCCAGUUUUCCAUAUUGAUUACGUUGUACUUUGAUUGGGAAUGUUUUAAAGGUAAAUUCACAAAUGUUGAACGUGAUCGUUUCUAUUAGUUACGAGACCCAUGAACUUAACAAAUUGCAACAAAAAUCUGGACAAAAUUUUGGACAAUAUUAACUUUACCUGCCUCCAUCAGUGUUAAAUGUUUUUGGUCUAAAGUUUGUGACUAGGGAUGUACCAGUCCAGCUUUUUCAACCGAUACCGGAGCAGAGACUGAAAAAAGCAUUUAUUUCCUUUAAAAAAAAACUGAUCAAAUUGCGUUAUGUGGCUGUUUUUUAUCUCUCAAGAAACUACAGAACAGCUUUGUAUGAAAAACCUUCAAACAUUAUGAGAUUUUCUUGGUCAACUACGACCAGACUGGAUAUCGACUGAACCAAUAUUUGAAAAAAAACAUUCAAUUCAAACAUUUCCAGUGUUGGAUCAGUGCAUCCCUAGUUGUGAUGUCACUCAAAACCCAGCAAUAGGUUUGGUUCACAUGACAUCAUAACAUUCCCAAAUCCCUAGUUUCGUCGCUGGAGGAGAGAUCGGAAUUCUACGGUGGAAUUUGCUGUUUAACUGUCAGAUUGCGUGUUUGUUGACCUGUUCUUUGGUCAAACUCUUGUGUAAUUUCUGUGCCUAUCAUCAUGACACUGGCGCAAAGUUCAGUAUCUUCUCUGUCAGUAUAAAUAAAAAAGUUAAAUUGCUUUUUUACAAUACCCUCAGAACGCAGUGCCGUUAUUCAAAUUUAGCUUGUGAAGUUGUGAGGAAUCUUGAGGUUUGUGGGUCCAAUCCCAAAACAUAAUGGAUUUCUGUUUUGGAUAUUAUAUUUCAAAAACGUGAAUUUCCCAUAGAGUUUGAACAGAAGAAGAUGAGAGGAGGGAGGUGGGUUUGGGUCUUUGUUUCUCCUCAUGGACCAGAGGAUUAAUCAACCAGGGCCUUUUUUAAUUACUUUCUUCAUGCAAGGACCAAGCCUAUGAAUGUAUUUGUUCUGCAUGGGGGGAGCCAUACCUUUGUGCUUCUCUCUGGCCUCCUCUCUCCUUUAGGGAAAACAGUUGAGUUUUCAUUUUUCUCUUUGUCUCUAGGCCUAUUA